AUGACUUCCCCUACUAAAGAAGGAAGUGAUUCAUCUGACUUUGUUCUCGAAAAUUCAGAAAAUGAGGCUCCAAAUGACUCUAGUGCAGAUGUAGGGCCUUCAUUUGCUGAAUCUAAUAUGACCUCUCAGGUAGAAAGCAACCCAAUGAACGGGGAGCUAGACACACCAAUCUCCCAGGAGCAUGCUGUUUCUCAACCAGCAGAAAACAAUGAGCUUGAAGUAGAGAUGGACCAAAAUGAUCCUCAAGAAGAUUUAAAAGAACAAGAGUCCCAUCUCAUUCAAAUUCCCAUUCCUAGAAAUAUUGAUAGAAAGAAUCCCUUAAUUAAAAGAGCAAAAUUCUACUCAGGAAAUAUGAAGAAGAAAACCAGCAAUUUGUGUUAUACCACCAUAAAUUACAAAAUUCCUUUCCAACUCUCAAUUUCAUGGAGAAUCCCAUUCAUUAAUAGUCGUGAGAUUAGAAGAAUGACUCUUCGUCUGCUGUGUGGAAGAUAUUUCUCUCAAGCUGCAGGUCGUCAAAAUACCACGUGGGUAAAGCAAAAAUAUAUUGCAUUCAUUGAAAAUCCAAAUGCCCUCCUCCCUGAGGAAAGGGCCAUAAUAUUUGGAAGACCUCUGAGGGUGUACUACUACCGUCCCCUCAUUGAGAGAAUGACAUCAAAAAAAAUGUCCAAAUCAACUGAUACUAAAGAGCCGGAGGAAUUCCAUAUUUUUGUGAGGCCUGUGUUCUAUGUUCCACAGGUCAAAUUUGAAAGCACAUUUAAUAGAAAAGCUUUUGAAGAUCAUUUGCGAUCACACCAUAACAUAAGUGUGGUGAUCAUAAAUACUGAUGAUGGCUGGAAAUACCUUUGUCCCAUUUGUGGGAUUUGUUUCAACAAUUUGGUUGAAUUUAGACAGCAUUCUUGCAAUUCUCCUGAGAAUUAA